AUGCCCACAGGUAUGCGUCCCAACAAGCCUGGAAAAGCGGCACCUGUCACUCCCAUCAGAAGAGUUACCAAAAUCGAUGCCGGAGUUGCUUCCUUUGGGAAAUUGGCUGAGACAGGAAAGACCAUGUCAGAGGCAUCCAAAGUACUAACUGAUGCUCAUGAUGUACUUACCGACCGCACCUCUUCUCGGGUACAAAAGAGGAAAGCAACCGAGGAACUCACAGCAGUCAGUCAGUACUUGAAGCAGUCAUCAUCCGAUAUUGACCAGAAUUUGAAGAAACUUGCUCCAUUUCCUGGCUUUGAUAAUCGAGCAUUAGCUAUUAUUGCUAAAGUCAACAAGGAAAAUAGUCCAACAGAUCUACAAAUACCAUCCACUCCGAUUGAGAAAGUUAAAGCAAUGGUUCAUGAUUAUUCCAGCCAAACCGCCAAGAAGAAAUCAGCUCCAUCCGCAACAGCAGCAAUCAAUUCUACUGCCACUCAAGCCAAUGCCAUUAUUCCACCACCCAUCAAUGGAUCAAUGUAUGAUCGACGUGAAAUUAUAGUAUUGAUCACUUCCUUCAAGAAGAAUAGUAAGGCCCGCGGCAAGCUGAUUCGAGAGAUUUUGGAACAGAAGCUUGUGCCGCUUGGACGGUCUGGUCUUUUCCGAGUGAUAAAGCAAUUUGAGGAUCAUGUGGAAGAUGGUGGCACCAUCGAUACAUUUUCCAAUGACCCAUGGUAUGUCAAGAAGGGCAAUCAGCCUUUCAUAUCAGCUCAAUCUGUUCAAGAGAUUGUUGGUGAAAUAGCAGCCCACCCAAGGAGAUCCUUUUCUCAGAAACAAAUCACAAAUAUGAUGAAGGAAAAGAAGAGAGAAGAGCUUGGAAGACAAGGUUUGGUUGUCCUGCGAGAAUCUGCUAUUGAACCUCGCAACAACACUAUGAGACGAUAUUCCCGUGCCAUAGGCGGAAUGAAUCAGUCAAGCUGCGUCAAAAAGGUUGUUUACAAAACUGAAACUCGUGUUACUGCAGAGGGAUCCAAACGAUCAACCGGGGCCUUUGCUGCUACAUGUGUUUUCUCCCAGUUCCUUGUUACGGAGACACUGUGUCCUUCUGUUGCAAAAUAUCUCCGUAAUGAAGCUACUGAAUCGGAACGCUUUGCCUACGACGUUGUCAGCAAUUGCCUCGACGGUGCACCACUCAAACCCGUCAGAGCUUCCUUGCUGAUCUCAAUGGAUGACACUGGCGAAUAUGCAGUGGAGGGUUUGAACAAGGAUGCAGCUAGUGAAGUUUUUAUCACUUCUGUUGGAACGCAUGAUGCCAAUACUGGAGUUAAAUCUGUAUUCACUACCAGCCCAGCUCCAGCAGUUGCGAAUGGGAUUCGUGUGAAGAUGACCAAUUUGAUGACUGCUGCUGGAACCACUGGACCUGUUUGGAUGUCAGUAACAGGUUUGAAUGAGAGAGAGCUUCCUAAGAGUGAAAACCCAGCUGGGAUAUUGGUUUUGUCAAUUGCGGGUUUAUGUGUGGGAGGCGGUGGCGUUACAGUCGGGCGUGAGAAUUCUGGUUUUGUUGUUUUCGUGCGCAAUGACGGUGACAAGGAAACUGACAAAGUCAGAUACCGCCACUUCAUCGAUGAUUGUUUAUUGCCAUGGAUAGAUGAGAUUCGUGUUGAGGAGGGUUGGAAACGGGGCACUCCCAUUCCAGAUGAUCUAACUGCUGUGGCAUGGUGCGACGGAGACAUCGCUCAGCUGGCAACCAUUGCUGACGAGUCGACUCUUUCCAAAUACAGGGACAGGAAAGUGCACCCGUACAAACAAUCGGCGGCACGAUCGGCAGCGGAACAGGCUGCUGAUUUGAGCCCGAAGUUCAAGUUGGAAAAGGCUGUUGGUAAGGCAACAACCAGCAAAAAUAUUCCGGCGGCUGCUCAUCGUUUCAAAAGCCGGAUUUGCAAUACAUUUGAACAGGCUCGUUUGGAAAAUGGGCUGAGACUCCCUGAUCGCAAAGUGAAAGCUUUGAUCGAUUACAUCAGCAAACAUCCAGGUGUAUUGGCGAAAGUUGUUACAACCCACAUUAUUGCCGCUGGAUUCAGUGAAAAUGGAAUGGUCUCUAAGCCAUUUGGCGCUGAUGGACUUGCCUAUCCUGACUUUGAUGGAUUGCUUGGAACUUGUAGCAAGACGAUGAAAAGUGAUGACAUUGAUUUCAUGAAGAGUCAUUUUCCACGGUUAGUGACAGAGGUGAUAGAUCAUGGUCAUGUAGGAGAAACUGUGUUUGAUGAAUUAGAUUUUCCCAUGGAUCUUGACUCUCUUGGACAGGAGAUUCCCAAACAUCAAGGAAUCAGCCAAGAAUUCCGUCAAAGGGCAAAAUGCCUAGAUCAUGACCAUCAAGUUCAGCUGAGAGCCGCCAAGAUUCUACAAGCCAACGCAAAGCAGGACAACUUGUAUCAGAAAGAGUGCAAACGAUACACAGAUCUUGUUGAUACCAAUGAAGCCUGUGAAAAGAAGCUGAAUGAAGCAUUGCAAUUGGCCAAGCUGAAUAUGCCCCAUGCUACAUUGGCACUUUUUGAUGGGCCAACUAAGGCAGAGCUUCAGGCAUUUGUUCAUGUUCGAUCAUUUCCUACAGUGAACAAAACCAAAGAUUGGCCCAGUGAAUUGGCAGCUGGUUGGCCACCAAAGAAAGGAAAAUCUACUGAUCCCAUUGUGCCAGAAUCUGACAAGUGUCUUGUGCUAUUAGCUUACGAAUGCAGAACCAAACCAAUUAUCAUUGAGAAACCAAAAGAGAAAUCUAUUAUUGUCUCGAAACCAAUGUCAGCGCGUCAUCUUGGAGCCAUCAUCGUUACUUCAACACAGUCUAGAUUCAUUGCAAAUAGCUACAUAUUGGCUUCUACCUUGAUGGAAACUGAGGCAUGGAUGAAUAUGGCAAGUGAGCUCUUUGGUUUGAAUAUGAACAACAUUACAAUCAACCAAGCUCUGCUUGCCAAAGCUGAUUUCUUACAGUCAAGGUUGGUUCCCAGAUUGGAAUGGCUAGUGGAUGGAAGUCAGCGGGUCAAAGAUCACAACAAGAACAACUGGUGCUGGAAUUUCCAAGCAAAGAGGCUUGGCCAUGUUUCUGCUCUCUUUGCGGUGGCAGAUAUAAUUGUGCAGGAUUUGGGAUGUCUCGAUAUGACCGACAAUCUAUUGGCGGAUCCAUCCAAAUUUAGGCUUGUGACAAUUCAUAUGCGAGUCGAUGGUGCGUAUUUCUACUGGGACAAAAAUCGGAGGCAAUGGGUUCGUGCUGGAAUGGUGGCAAGCUCCUCGGUCAGCCCUGGUCGGUACAUGUACCAAAGAGAUGUGGAGCAUAAGAACGGUGCCAAGCUAACCACUACAGAGGCCAGAAAAUCCGAAUUUUAUUCGAGUUAUCCUCUUCUAGGAGAUGCAGAUCCUUUAUCAUUUGGUGGUGGAAGGCAGGGAUUCUUUGAAAACUUGGAACAAUAUGUUGGAUUGGGUGUGACUCUACCGGCAGCAGGUCCAAGCUUUGGAGCCAAACUUGACGAACAGACCGCACAAUUGGUAAGGCUGUUCGAUGUCACUCAAGCAGAAUCGGAAAAGAUCAAAACGAUGAACAGCAAGCUCACACAUGUCGAGAACAAAAGACGAGCCAUCCAUUACAUGCUGGAGUGUGCUUGUGGUUUGCUGCUUGCUCCCAGCUGCAAUAUCUCAAGCAACCCUGGCUGGGAGCAGGCAUUGAAACAAUACAAUUAG